AUGUGCCAUGUUGGAAUAUUGGCCGGAGAUGCUGUACUCAGGGAUCAGAGAGAGAUGCUGGGUCGGUUCUCGCCGGAUGUCCGUCUGCUGGUUGGAUUUACCAUUCUACGGGAGAACAGCUCUCUGAUAGAUUACAUUGUGCGCUCAACUGCCGCCCUGGGCAACCCUACUAGCCUUACACCAGAAACGCCAACAUCGAAGGAGGAGCGUGCUCUGGGCGUGAGUUCAACCAGAUGGGGAGAGCACUCCGUUUAUGCCGCUGCGGAGCUUGGGCUCGUGAGCGAUCCUCCGAUAGAUUGA